ACAGAAAGUAUUUUUGUUUAAUUGUUUUUCCAAUUAUUUUAUUUUAAUUUUUAUUGAAUAAGUAAAUAAAAGUCAACAAUGCACAAUAUUUUUACAAAGAGUCUACAAGUGAUAGCUCCUGCCCUUUCCGGUGUUGUGGUACGACAAUCGAGAGGUAUAGCUUCUCUAUCAGCCUUGCCUGAAACCUAUCAGAUGCUCUACAAAACAUGUAGAGAUUUUGCCGAAGGCGAGCUGAAGCCGAACGCCGCUAAAUACGAUCGCGACCAUCUGUUCCCUGGAGAUGCUAUUAAAAAGAUGGGUGAUCUUGGUCUAAUGGCUAUCGCAGUGCCAGAAGAAAACGGUGGAGCUGGACUGGACUACCUCGCAUAUGCUAUAUCACUUGAAGAAAUAUCUCGAGGAUGUGCAUCAUGUGGUGUUAUUAUGUCUGUAAACAAUUCUUUGUAUUUAGGUCCAGUCUCCCACUGGGGUACUAAAAAACAAAAGGAAGAGUAUGUCACACCCUAUUGUAAUGGUGAAACCAUUGGCUGUUUUGCCCUAUCUGAACCAGGAAAUGGGUCAGAUGCUGGUGCAGCUUCUACAACUGCUAAGGAUGGUGGUGACAAGUGGAUUCUUAACGGGACCAAGUGCUGGAUAACUAAUGGCUAUGAAAGCAAGGCAUCUGUUGUAUUUGCAACUACUGACAAAAGUAUGAAGCACAAAGGUAUAUCUGCAUUUAUAGUGCCAAAGCCCAUAAAAGGAUUAGAAUUGGGAAAAAAAGAAGACAAAUUAGGUAUAAGGGCUUCAUCAACGUGUUCACUGAUGUAUGAAGAUUGUGAGAUACCAAAAGAAAAUAUUUUAGGGGAGCCAGGAUUUGGUUUUAAAAUUGCCAUGAUGACACUCGAUGCUGGAAGAAUUGGUAUUGCAUCUCAAGCAUUAGGAAUUGCACAGGCCUCAUUAGAUGUAGCAGCAGAGUAUGCAUCAAAGAGAAUGGCAUUUGGGAAACCCAUUAUGAAGCUUCAAGCUAUACAAAAUAAGUUAGCAGAUAUGGCAUUACAAUUAGAGUCAGCACGGUUAUUAACCUGGCGUGCAGCAUGGCUAAAAGACAAUAAGCAACCAUAUACAAAAGAGGCAGCUAUGGCAAAACUAGCAGCAUCUGAAGCAGCAACAUUUUUAUCUCAUCAGUGCAUACAGAUUUUAGGAGGAAUGGGCUAUGUGUCUGAUAUGCCAGCAGAGAGACACUAUCGAGAUGCAAGAAUCACAGAAAUAUAUGAGGGUACAUCUGAAAUUCAGAGGCUAGUUAUAGCAGGACAACUAAUCAAGGAAUAUGGUUUAAAUUAAGUGAAAAGCAUGAAUCUAAGCAUGAGAUCUGGAAGGCUAAGAAGGCAACAUUGCAAUUUAUCUGAAUUCAGUUCCCUUUUCAAAUAUAAAUAAUCUUCAAGAUUACAACUGAACGCAAUUAAAAAAAAGUGCCAUAACCAUUUCGUGGCAAAGUUAAGCCGUCUACCUAUAGGAAACAAUACUGAAUAUGUCUACAAAAGAAACAUUUUUAGAUGAAAUUUGUUUAAAACAUGUUGACAAGUGCCUAGGAA